CAUCCUUUCAUUGUAGAUGCUGCCAAAACUGAUACUCCUGCUCUGGACGGCAAUUCCGAUUGCGUUGUCCCAGAGCAAUUAUGCGUCGCAAGGCAACAGCAUCGAGUAUCAGCCAGGACUGCCGCCGAGCACAGUCCUCGACGGCAAAGUCACCAAGCUGGACGACAUUUCGCCAAUUAUAUUUCUAAAUCGAACGAAAGCCUAUCUGAAUUGCGGCCAGGGUAGCAUGGAAGUCGAGCUCAAGUUUGAGGAACCGUUUUACGGGGUGGCUUAUGCCGACUUCGAUCGCAACAGCGCUUGCAUAUUCAAAGGACGGGGCGCGACGACCGCCAAAUUGGAACUACCUCUGAAAGGAUGCGGUACAAAGCAAGAUCCUUUACGCGUGUUCACCAAUAAUGUGGUGGUUCGCUUUCAUCCCGGAUUAGAAAUGGACGGGGACGAGGUUAUCACUAUAGUUUGCAGAUAUCCACCACCCGUGGCACCGGCGCCUCCUAAGCCGCCAGAGAGCAUAAUGGCCACGAUAACGCCCGCGUCGGUGACCGAACCGCCGCUGAAAGGCUUCCAGAUUCUGCUCAUCAUCUGCGCCAUCCUGUUCCUCUCGUUGCUCCUGCUCGGUCUCGGCUGUUCCUACAUGUGCCUGAAACGCCGAAACGUGCGCGUGGUCCAUCGACAUCCGUUUGAAAGCGCCACCGGCUCCGAGAUAACGAAACUCUCCGGCUCGUCUCUGAGCAAUAUCACGAUGUUCGAGGGUCUGAAGAUACCACGCGCGCACGCCCUUCUUCACGCGGCCGUGUCCACUUCCGGUAGCGAGGCAAAUCUGGUGAUCGAUCAUUCGGACACAUUGCCGAGCGACUAUCCAAGCGAGAGCCACUCCGAGGUGGACGAGGAACGUUCGUUGCCUGUAUCUUCCGCCGGAUCCUACGACAACAAAGCGUUUGUGGACCAUCAUGAAGUCCAGCGUCAAGUGGAAAUGCGUACUUCGAGCUCCUUAUAUUCGGAGACAGUUGCCGCCGAAGUGGAGACUUCCUCGAUGACGGCCGCGAACGCCUCGAGGAUCGUAGUGCCGCGACACCCCGUGGCCAUUCCGAUCGAGCCCAAGUUCGACGUGCAGAUGAGAGUUAAGAGAGCGCCGCCGCCGCCGAGCCCGUUGCCGUCGGAAUCCGACGUUGCGAGCAUCGCCCUCGAGAGAAAUCUGACGACCAUUCUGGAGAGAGAGGAGACCAGUCGCUCGCUGGAGAGCUCACCCUACCGAAUGACGACCUUCUCCUAUGUACCCGAGCUUCACGGACCACCGGGAGGUGCGUCAUCGAUCUCGACCAUCUCUCGGCAGCAGACGCCGCCGGUCUACUCCAGGAUUUUACGCAAGCAAGCAGAGAGGGAGACCACCGUGAUCCAGGAGAAACUCCCGUCGCCGACAACCGAACAAUUGCCGCAUCACGAGAUCCGUCGGCCGAGGUCCCUGACUUCGUUGAACACCGAACUCACCGAGACUCGCUCGUUGACCGAGGUGACGGACGCUUCGCACGCCAAGUACCGAGUGGCGAGCAUCCUAGCACCGACCCCACCGCCGCCGCCACCGAUCGCGCCCACCACGUCCACUACCACGACUCACACCGCCGUUCAACACCGUGAGCAUCGUCUCUUGCGCGAAGAAAUGACCGAACCGCUGGUGGAGCCGCAAGUAGUCGCGCCUCGUCGCCCGGAGAUUACGACUCACGAGGUGGACGACGUGUUCCUGCGUACCGUUACGGAGAAGAAGACGAUCGAAGACGUGGAACGUCACAGUCGCCAGAUCACCGAGUACCGCGCCAGGUCUCAACCACCGCCGGAUCUCAAGUGGGACGUCACCAUCAGGAACUAUCCAACGGAAGAUUUACCGCCGCCACCGCCGGAAUGGGAGAACUUCUCCGAUGUUAGCUCGGCCUCUAAUCUGACCAUCACAAACGAGCCGACGAACCAUCUCGCGGACGACGAGCCGGACGUGCACAUCGAGCCGACUUACACCACGCGUGCCGAGAUCCCGUGCCGGCCACCACCCGCUACGCGUCGUUCCCUCGACGACUCAGAUGCCGAUUGGUACACCAGGUUGGCGCGCGUCCUGGAGCCACGUUACGCUACCGAGUUGACGGACGAAGAGCGUGCCAAGUGGCGCGAAAUCAUCACGACGGAAAGCACGCUGCGGACCCUGCUGACCGAGGCAGUGGUUAAGGAGGACUACGAGCUGAUACGCAAGGACGCGAGAUAUGUAAACUUGUUCCCGCCGGCGAAGUGGGAUGUGAUUAUCCGAAUCCUGAGUCCGCCGUCGACGCACACCGGCUCUACCUCGUCCUCCAGCCACGGCAAGAACCAUGGACAGAGGUACAAGCGGUCUAAAUCGUCGGAAUGGGACACCAGAUCCAGACGGUCCUCCCUUCCCACUUUGUACGAAUACGAGAGUGACGGAGGCAGCUCGGCGCGCACCUUAGGCACCCAGAGUCAUCAUCUCCAGACGUCGCAGUCUGCCACGACUAUGAGCGGACAGAUCGUCGGCCGUCCACGCCGACUGGGCGGUUCUAUUCGUUCGCGGGGUGCCGGAGUUGGCAGCGAGGCUGAUCUGAGAUCGAUGUCCGAGAUAACCGUCCGCGACUUCGCCCGGAUGGACAGAGAUGACCUGACCAGCUUGAGCUCCUUCGAAGGCGCGGACUCGCUGGUCAGAUCGCUCAGCCAGCCCAGCCUGGCCAGAUCGGGCUCGGAAUUCACCGAGCAUUGGGGCAUGCCUUCCGGCAAUCUGCCGCCGUGGGCGACCACGGAGGACGGCGUCAGCUCCGUGGAAACGACACCGAGGGCGAUCAGGAGGGGCGACAGGCUGGAGGUCCUCGCCUCCUUCGACGAGCACAGACGGGGCCCGUCCAUCACGAGAUCGAGUCGAUAUACCGAAAGGGAGCUCAGCGUACGCGUGACGGAAAGUCAGAGGGCCUCGGACUGGUUUAACGACAACAGUUCCGAGCCAGAGAUGCAGAUCUGAGCGGUUUCCGAAACAGAUCACAGAUUCUCGAAUCUGUCUUUACCUCGAAUCCUUUGCGGAAUUGACAUUCCUGGAUCUCGACGAAGGUCUGAACACAGUUACUAGGGAUGAAUGUCGAUAAUAUGGGCAACACCGUAUACCAUUUGCACGAAAUCAAACCUCGAGAUCAUCUUUUUGUAACUCUUUGAGCAGUGAAUCUUUUAAUAUACAAUAAAACUGGUUAUUUGAACCGGUUAAUUUCAAUCGUGUCAAUAUUCAGCGCUAUAAAUAGCAAAAAUACGAAUUAUAUCAACAGAUACAACAAUUAUAUUCCGAAAAAUCGACAAUUUUUUAACAAAUUCUGAAUAGAGAAUUAAAAUUUCAAUUCCGAGAUUCUAGUAAAUUUUAGAUUUUAAAUGUUUGAAUAUGAAAGAUGUGUGCUGUUCAGAAAGUCAAAAGAAUGCCGCAAACUGGAAGGAGAUUCGUUGAACGAUCAGUAGAGUUUUCAUCUUGAUCUUUUGCAACUUCCACGUUUUUUAUUCUAUCGCGAGCCACAAUACGAUGGAUUAUGAUUUAUAUACCGGUAUCGCUCGUAUUUUUCUUAUAGACACCAUUUCGGUCGAUGUCUACGUGACUCGCACAUUACGAACGUAUGCCGCGUUUGUUUUGCUCUCAACUCGGGACGUCCUAUAUGAUCGAUAUCUUGCCAAGAAUGAGGCGCAAUGCACACACACACACACAUACACAGCAGCAGCGACGGAAUAACGUUCUGCAAUUGUAAAAUGCAUUUUAUUUGUAGCGGCUAGCCCGCCGCUUUCUUUCUUCCGUUCUCUUAUUCGUCGGUUAUACGUCGCUGCCCUACUUCCUUCAUGACUCAUGACCGUUCACUGCCGAUUUCAUCCUCGCGCCCGACAGCUCGAGGAUUCACGCUCAACCGCGCAAAUGCAGAAUUGUCCCAAUUUCGGGAAUCCAUCUCCGUCUCUCCGACGUCAAGAUCUCGUAUAUCACGAUAUCCCGAAAUUUGGGGAAAUUCGGUCGCCACUCUCUUCACACGUCACUCGUAAAGCGAGACGCAUAUAGACCCGUGUUAGUUACCUGGUCUCGAUCUCGGCACGAGUGGGUCUGCAGAUUCUGGCAAAAGUACCCCGUUGUAAAAUUAUGCACAGUUCUAGGCAGAAAUUAAGCCAUUAAAGCCUAUCUUAGUUGUCACUUUUUAUAUCGAUAGUUGUAUUCAAAGAAUUAUGCGCAACUUUUGUAAUUCGCACGUUCCGUAAACUAUAAAAAAUUGUCAGAAAUAUUUCAAAAAAGGAAAAGUAUACAUGUCGAAAAAAAUCUCCAAACUUCCCAAAAUUAUGGCUUCAAUGGAUUAAUCGACAGGGUCAAUCCCACAGGGAAUAAUUCAAGGAAAAAAAUUUAUACGAUGGGAAA